GAAUUCCAGAAUUAUGUCAACCAAAAUUUUUAAAAACAUUAAUUUUUAAAGUUCUUGAUUUAAGGGAAAAAAUGAAAAUAACAAAUAGCUAAGAUAUUAAAUAAUUCAAACAGGUAAAUUCAAUAUUCUGUUAGCUUGUUUUUUCAUUUAUUUUUCCAUGUUUUUUUGAAACUAUUUUUGAGUGCAGCUUCAACACGAAUAAAUAUCAGAAAGACAAUUAAAAUUUUUUGAAGCAUUGUUUGUUUGACAAGAAAUGUUAUGUUGCUCUGGUAAUAUAAAUUGAACAGAUUAACAAACUCUUAAUAAAUUCAAAAAAUAUUUUCAUUUGUAUUUUUAUAUUUGAAACAUAAAGAUGGCCUAAAAACUGUUGUACGUCUGUAACAAAAUUGUCAUUUUUUUAAAAAUAUUUCUUUACCUAAUUGCUGGAUGUUAUUGAUUGUUUCUAAACUUCUGGAUUUUAAUUCAGUUAACAAUACAACAUCUAAAGUUUUAAAGAAAACAUUUUUAUUUUACUUUUAAAUGCUGUUACAGACGUACAUUUUUUUUGUACGUCUGUAACGUACGUCUGUAACAUUUAUAAAGCUGUAACUAGAAGUAUUCAUCACAGAAAGGCCUGGGCACUAAUUAGUUAGUUGUUUUGUUGCCAUGGCAACUAUCAAGGUUUGGGCCUAAAUUUUUGGAGAAUGUUAUUCAGAAGGCCUAACAAAUUUAAAAUAAGAACAAGAUAGCUGAGAAAGUUAAAAUCAAGAAACAUAGAGAAGUUAUGGCAAAAACGACAGCUGAAAGAGUAAGAGAACACAGAAAACGAUUAAAAGAACUGAAUGUAGAUAAAUGGAAACAAGAAAAAGAAAAGGAUAGAAAAAGAAAGGCAGACAAAAGAGCAGCAUUGAAGACAAAUAACCCAGAAAGGUAUCAAGAAGUGAAAAAUGAAGAAGCAAAAAGAAUAAGAAAAUAUCGAGCAAAGCUAAAAAUGCUUGCAACAGCACACGUUGCAGAAGAACAACCAGCUCUUUUUGCAAACCGUCAGUCUUUUGGAAAAGCAGUAAAAAAGGUGAAAAGCAAAUUGCCAGAGUCACCAAGAAAACGAAAAGCUGUAUUGGCAAAACUUGCUGAAGAUGCUGGCAUUUCUUUCACAGGGAGCCCUCCAAGCAAAAGCAAAAAACCAGGGCCAAAAGAAAACACAGAGAUUGAUGCUGCUGCAAUUGCUUUUUACAGUAAUGAUGACAUCAGUUGGCAAGCCCCUGGAAGAAAGGACAGAGUUAUAUACAGAUCCAGAGAUGCAAAUGGAAAAAAACACAAGGAAUAUGUGCAAUGCAGAUACAUGCUAAUGAGUCUUGGUGAGGCACAUCAAUUGGCUGUUACCACUGGGCUGAUGAUAAGCAGAUCAAAGUUUUGCUCCCUCAGGCCCAAGCACAUCAAACUAAUGGAAGACAGACCUCACAAUGUAUGUGUUUGUGUUACACAUGAAAACAUGAGAAUGCUUCUUCAGGCGUUGAAGCCCCAUAUCAAUGUUCCAAGCUGCCAAACAAAGUUUACAAGUGAGCUUGUUUGUGACCCAACUUCAAAGAACUGUAUGAGUCUAAAAUGUGAUGAUUGCAGCAAAAACCUUGAAUCGUUUAAGCCAAAUGGAGAAUCUGCUGAUCUACUGGUCAAAUAUCCACAGUGGCAAGGAGCCUCAAGCGAGUUAAGUAAGAUUUCUGUUUCAGAGACAGUUGAGUCGGCAUUCAGUGAGCUUAAAAGGCAACUUCCAGCAUACUUGAUACAUGUUUAUAUCAAGCGACAGCAGAAAACGUUUUUCGAAAAAAAGAAAAGUAAUGUUGAUGGAAAAUCGUGUGUCUUGCAUGUUGACUUUUCAGAGAAUGCAUUGCUUAGAGAUCAAGACGAGCCUCAAUCGGCACAUUGGACGCACAAUCAAGCUGGCCUCUUUACCGCUUAUUUUUGGAGGACCCAAGUCUCAGGAGAAAGCCAUAUCAUUGUCACAGAUGAUGUGAAUCAUACAAAGGAUCAAGUUUGGACAUUCAUCACCACUUUGUUGGAGGAUUUUACUGGAAGGCACCUGGAUAUUGAAACCAUAGAUAUUUUUUCAGAUGGCACAAGUACACAGUUUAAGCAAAGAUAUCUUUUUUCCAAUCUUUCUAAAUGGGAGUCUACAUUUGGAAUAAAAGUCAACUGGCAUUUUUUUGCAACCUCACAUGGCAAGGGCGUGAUUGAUGGCAUUGGCGGAACGGUAAAGCGUUCAGUUUGGCGUGCUGUUCGCAGUGGUAAUGCUCGAGCAUCUAAACCAUAUGACUUUUACCAGCUUGCUGUAGAAAGAAACCCUAAUGUGAAGUUUCACUUUGUCUCAGCGGAGACAGUCCAAUUGAGAGCAAAGGAAAUUCAGCCAUAUUGGGAUCAAGUUUUAAGGAUCAUUGGAACACGAUCUGUUCACACAGUAUCUUGCAGAGGUGAUUCAACUGUAUUGGUUGCUGAAGUUUCUACUGCAAAAGAGUUUCAAGCCCAUGUAUUUCUGGAUGUUUCAGACUCAGAAAGUUCUGAUGAUGAUUCAGUUGAUGAUUUUGCAGAUUCCUCACCAGAAUGUAAAGAUGAAGAGCAAUCCCAGCCUGGUGAAAAUUGCUCUAUUACUACUGGUGAUUUUGUUGUUGUGCAAUAUGAAUCCGAACGAAAUUCAAGAAAAAAUUACAUCGCCCAGGUAAUAGAAAUCGAUAAUGAAGCUGAUCUCCAUAAAGUAAUAAAUAUGCGUCGAUGUGGAGAAUCCAACAAAUUUGUGUUUAUUCCAAAAGACAAGUGCUGGGUUGAAAAGAAUCAGAUUAAAGCUAAACUUGAACAACCAAACUUUGAUCAAAGACAACGAUAUACUUUUGAAAAAAUUCCAGACAUUUUGUAAUGUUUUUUGACUUGAUAGUUUUUGAGUUCCAUCAACCGUAUUGUCCGGUUUACAAGUCGACCUGGUGUAUAAGUUGAGGUACCAAUUUUAAGGAUUAAGGUUGAUGAAAAUUGUACAAUAUAAAUUUAUUUAAAAAGAUACCUGUUGUAGAAGUCUACUUGCUAUUUUUCACCCAAAAUUUUGGAUCUGAAAGCUAGACUUAUUCACCAGAAAAUAUGGUAAAUUUGUUACAGAUGUACAAUAUCAUCAGUUUUAAAUUCUGAAAUAAAUUAAUUGUUUUUAUGGAAAACAUAAAUUUUUCAAGAGUAAGAAAUUACAAAUAAACUGAUGUGAUAUGGCACAUAAAGUUUUUUCUAAAUUGUUAACAAUAUUUCUAGAAAAUGUGUUACAGAUGUACAUUCACACAUAAAAUUCACAGUGUUCAUCUGUAACGUACGUCUGUAACAGGAGUUAACUAGUGUUAAUGUUUACUAAUUUAUUGUUCUAAUGUAAUUUUUGUCAAGUUACAUGGUAAUUUUCUUAUUUAUAUAUGUUUAUAUUGUUUCAGCAAGAAAUAUUAUUAUGGUUCUCUUUAGUUUCAGAAAAUUUUGUUGUUAAAAAUCCUGUUUCAUUUGUUGACUAAUUUCUGUGUACGUCUGUAACAGGUACAUUUUGAUAAAUACUCAGAAAAUCAAAAUAUUUAAAAUCAUUUUCUUCACAAAAUAGAUAUAAUCUUAUUAUUAGGCAUUGGCUGAGACCAAAACAUAAAAAUAAAAUGAAAAAAAUAAAAAAUAAAAUCAAUAAUUUCAUUCUGAAUUGUACGUCCGUAACUAUGGAAUUGCCC